UGAUAACUGAUGAUGAGACGUGAUCUGGUGUUGCGCUGUGAAGCUCUGACCAGCAGAUGGCUGCACGGAUCCCUGAGAUGCAACAGCUGCGGAUGUCGGUAAAGCAUAUCGAUCUAGCAGUAUGUUUAUUCAGAGCAUUUAUUCAAUUUAAGCUCAACAAAUGACCUGAAUGUAGAUGCGAGCGCAGAUAUCGAGGGCUUCAAAUGGACAUGAGUUUACUGAAUGGAGCACUUAGUGGCUCAACAAUGACGUUUAGACAUUAUCUGUGUGCCAGAACCACAAUUGGCUGACUGCUGCCAGUCUGUCUGAUGAUUGGCCGAAAGGAGAUAAUUAAACACCUACACAGAUAAGGCACAACUCCUCAAUGUGAAUAUAUAGGGGCUUGACCGCAGAAGCUGCACACAGUAGUAUCACGGCGGCCGUCGAGUUCGGAGAACCGAUAGUUUUAUCAAAGAAGCAAGACAAGGGCACCAUGUUUAUGUUGAAGAUCUCCACCUUCCUCAUCGCUUAUGCCACAGUCGUGUGUCAGAUGUACAGCUCGAACGCUGCCCCGGCGAGACCUGUCUCAGAAUCUCUGACAGACAGAUUUGCGCUCAUGGACUACGAAGCACAAAGAUUAUUGAGUGCCAUAUUCAAAAACGUAGUGCAGAUGACAGCGGAGGAGCUGGAGCCGCCGAACGAAGACAGCAGCCAGGGCAGAUUCCUGUCCAAGCGCUGCUCCAAUCUCAGCACCUGCGUGCUGGGCAAACUCUCCCAGGAGCUGCACAAAUUACAAACGUUCCCGCAGACGGACGUGGGUGCCGGUACGCCCGGCAAGAAACGCAGCCUGCUCGAGGGCAAUCAGUUCACGAGCUACGAAGAAACAUUUAACGCCAUCUAACCCUAACUGUGUGCAUGUGGAUUCUGCCUGCUUGACUGACCGCACACAAACGACUGGUUGCGUUGGUCUUUACCUUUCUUUCUUUCUUUUGGCAGAGAAAGGCAUGUUAAAAAUCUAGAUGAAAAUCUUCAAAUUCAGGAUUUUUUUUGUGCAUUUUACACAUGCCUCUUGAAUAAGUGAAUACAUGUAUUAUAAAGGUAAAGCUAUUAAUAAUCUAAUAAUAAAUUAAAAAAACAGUAUGAUUUCUUGAAAGUGUUAAAAUCCAAUAAAGUUAUUUUUAUAUCAGGAACUCUUAUUUUGUCAAAUUACUAGUCACGUUCAUUUUCAUGUGCAUGUUAUCAAUGAGUGCCUCUACAAAUAAACAUCAAAUGCAUCAAGAUUUCUGCAGGUAAGACGUCUGUGAAUGUGCUCAAAUAAUAAGAUGGUGUAACGUCUAUCUGUGAAUAAUGCGUUGAAGCACUGUGCUGUGAGUGGGUAACAGAAGCAGCUCUCGCUCUGUGUUGAAGCAAGCAGAAGCGCGCCUGUAACACAGCCACGUGUGUCACUCACCGUCUGGCAGACUUCCUCAGCCGCUCCGGAGGAAUGGGCAACAGCAACUUCGUCCCGACUAACGUGGGCUCCCAAGCGUUCGGCCGUCGGAGGAGAAGCU